AUGAUCCUGAGGCGAAAUAUCUUCUGCGUAAUCAGUGCCGGGCUGCUGGCCAGUCCUGUAUUCUGCGAUGAUACUUUCACCCCUGUGGGCGUGGUUGUAGGCGACCAGCCAGAACUGAGCACCAACGAUUUCGCUGCAUUUGCUCUCGAUCCACAGUCUCCUCUGGCAACUGUGGACUAUGGCGCAGAGCGUGCUGGGUAUCCCUUCUUCGUCAUUUCGUCCCUCUCCCAGCCCGUCCAACUUGAAGUGAAGUAUAGUGAAGAGUUCAACGGGCUAGACCACCCUUUCAGUGACGGUCCCUACUCGUUCUCCAAUCAGCUGGGAAACUCAUUCCGCGUUGAGACAUUCAAUAUCACCAGAACUGGGAGAGUCACGUCCUCCCUUGUGCAGGGUGGACAAAGGUGGCAGUCCAUCCGACUGUUGACCAGUGGGACUGUCACACUUUCUGAGGUUGGUUUCGACGCGACAAUCGAUACCGUGGAACCAGAGAAUCUGCCUGGACAGUUCAGCUGCGACGAUGACGUCUUAAAUGAGAUUUGGAAGCUAGGUGCCAGGGCUGCUACAGCUGCCUGCGUUGAUAAGCAGUCUCAGAAGGCAAUCUGGGAAGUCGACCCGGUCAAUGGAGUAUUUACACGAAGUGUCCGCCCCUCAGUGUCAGUGAAUGGAACAGCAUUUGCCAAUUACACACUGGAAUUUGAGACCAUGAUCGAAAAGGGUGGCAGCUGGUGGUCCGUCGCAUCGCCCAUGGCUGGUAGCGCGUACACCAUGAUGCUGACCGGCGAGCUCCCGGAGGCCAGUCGUCUGGCAAAUGUGAAUGCCACAUUAACGCCAUCCAACACCAUUUCGCUUGCCUACGGAGUUGACUUUGUCAACCAGACCACCCUCACAACAUGGGUGCUGGAUGUGUUCGAGGUGCCAUUCGCAGUGCGCGAAAACACCUGGUACAAAGUAUCCGUCUCAUUGUCACCCAGUGGCUAUCUGUCGGCCUCGUUGAACGAUAGACAAAUCUUCAACAUCUCGAAGGCCGCAUAUCCUCUGGCAACCGGGGAGUUCUCAGGGUCCUUUGGGUUUGGUGCCUACCAAGACCAUGCGGCGUACUUCAGAAACGUGAACGUCUAUGACACUGAGACUGGGUCUACCUUGUACACAAAUUCACUGACCACUGAGGAUGUUCUGGCGGAGUAUGGCACUCAGGCAAACCAGGAGAGUCUCUGCUUGGACGGCCCAAAGCGCGACCGACUAGUAUGGCUAGGCGACUUCAUCCAUACAGCGCGAAUUCUCGGUGUCAGCACAUCCAGAAUCGAUCACGCUCGGGGGACAUUGCAGUACCUGUUAGAUUCGCAGAUUGAUGAUGGCGAGCUGGCGAUCUCUCCUAACAUAGGCUACAAUAUGAAAGCCUCGCCUAAUUCAUUUGCACCAACUGGCUCCUACUACCUCUCGGACUACCAGCUCUUGGGGUUGAUUUCCUUUCAUGACUUCGUCCAGUGGAGUGGUGACCUCGCAUGGGCGAAGACGACAUGGCCGAAGUGGCAGAAGCAGAUUGACUGGAUAAUUGGUAAGGUCAAUAAUACUACCGGUCUCAUCUCCUUCAACGCCGGGGCCUUUAUAGGCCCUCAAGAUGGCGGAUCCGCCGUCGCUUGUGCAGCUGUGCAAGCGCUGACUGGCGCCGCCGAAGUGGCCACUGCGCUUGGAGAUACUAAGUCGGCUUCUCGCUACCAGCGGGUUGCGGCGUCCAUCGCGAAUGCCGUCAACAAGAAUCUCUGGAACGACCAACUGGGGGCAUACAGCUCCUCCAUUGACGAUAUUGGUAACUUCUCCGUCAGUGGCACAGCAUACUGUAUCAGCUCCGGGGUGGCAUCUUCUAAUCAGACUGCACGCUCCUUGGCUACCCUGUCAGGUCUGCGCCUGGGGCCUGGCUACAAAGACUCUUCUGAUGUCUCUGAUUCCGAUCCCACGGUGAACAUCUCGCCCAACACUAAUGGCUUCCUCCUUCCAGCUCUAUUCAAGGCCAAUGCUACAAACAUGGGUCUUCAGUUGAUCAAGAAUCUCUGGAGUGUGAUGCUUCCCCUCGAUGAGUCACAGAAUCGGACUGCGGUGGGAACAAGUUGGGAAUACGUCAACGCUCAAACACACCAACCGGGACUUAGCCUUUUCACCAGUCUAAGCCACCCUUGGGGUGGAGCGCCAACAUAUAUAUUGACCGAGUGGGCAGCAGGAUUGCGCCCUGCCCAAGGCCCCGACGGAUUCGGAUACCGCAAGUGGAUCAUUGCACCUGAAACAGGCUUCCAGAUUGGCUUGAAAAGAGCCCAGGCUAAGGUUGUUACGGCCUUUGACGGUUCACUAAGCGUUGAGUGGCAUGUGCAGGAUGGUAAGCUUCAUGCGAACAUCAUGGCGCCCACCUCAACUGAGGGACAAUUUGUGUUCCGGGGAAGGACUAUCCAGCUGUCUGGUAAGGCUUCUUAUAAUGUUUCUGUGAGUGUCUACUAG